AUGGGGAAGAACAAUAAGAUCGGAAGCGUUGUUCGGAUCCGUCAAAUGCUCAAGCAGUGGCAGAGGAAAGCUCACAUCGGAUCCAACAACGAUCCUCCCGCUUCCGAUGUGCCUCCCGGUCACGUCGCGGUUUCCGUCGGCGAGAAUCGGCGGAGAUACGUCGUCCGUGCGAAGCAUCUGAACCAUCCGAUCUUCCGACGGCUACUCGCGGAGGCAGAGGAAGAGUACGGAUUCUCCAAUGUCGGUCCGUUAGCGAUCCCAUGCGACGAAUCGCUGUUCGAGGAGAUCAUCGAGGUCGUAACUCGCUCCGAUUCGUCUGGACGAGGCAAUCCGGUGACGUUGGAGGAUAUCCGGAGGUGCAAUCACGUCGGGAUGGCGAAGAGCGUCGAGUACUUAUCGGAGUCUGGGCCGUUGCUUCCUGGGAUCGCUGAAAAAUCUGUAUGCUAA